GCGGGCACUAGAAGCAAACGACUCCAAUAUGGCGAAUGUAAGGGACAGCGAUACGUCGUUGUGGCUGCAUAACAAGCUUGGUACAUCAAACGAUAGCUGGACUGGUAGCUCAAUUUGUUCGCAGCUCAAUGCUGAGGUACUGCGGAACAUCAAGGAUUGUUUUCCCGAUCUACAGACGCAGGUCAAGCUCAAACUACUACUGUCGUUCUUUCACAUACCGAGACGCAAUGUGGAAGAGUGGCGUGUGGAGCUGGAGGAAAUUAUUGAGGUUGCAUCUUUGGACAGUGAGCUAUGGGUAUCAAUGUUAUCCGAAGCGAUGAAAACCUUUCCAUCGACUGGUUCUUUGAACACAGACAUUACUGAUUUGGAUGAACAUAGACCAAUCUUUGGCGAUUUGGUUAAUGAAUUAAGGAAACUUCUGAAGAAGCAAAAUGAUCCCGCUAUGCUCCCUUUAGAAUGUCAUUAUCUCAAUAAGACUGCGUUGACUUCAGUGGUAGGUCAGCAACCUACACCAAUAAAACAUUUUACUCUCAAAAGGAAACCAAAAAGUGCAGCUUUGAGAGCAGAAUUGCUCCAAAAAAGUACUGAUGCUGCUAAUAAUCUGAAAAAGAGCACAGCUCCUACUGUGCCAGUAAGGAGCAGAGGAAUGCCAAGAAAAAUGACAGAUACAACACCUCUCAAAGGUAUUCCAAGCAGAGUUCCAACAAGUGGUUUUCGAUCUCCUUCACUUACAAGCACUUCUAUGUCCAAUAGAACAUCCAUCAGUAGUAGAAUUCGAAAAGAUGGCGGUAUUAAAUUAUUGGACAUUAAUGAGCAACCUCUCGGAUAUGCGCAAGCAAAGAAGAGGAAGAGGAUGUUGGAAUUGGAAGAGCAGCAGAAGAAGGUUGCAGAAGCGCAAGCGGCCGCUGCUGCUGCAGCUACUUCUGCCGUCUCGCCAGCUGCAGAAACUCCAGCGACUCCUGAAUACGCGCAGGGACUUGCUUCGAUAAAUCCACCUGCCACGCCAGUUGCACCAGUAGCAGUUACAGCACAGUCAUACGUUGCGCCAAGCACACCAAGCAGCAUUGCAGUUACAACCACAACGCAAACAUCUACUACGCUAACUACUCCCACAACAUCUAUUACUGUACUACCUGUAAGUUCACCAACGGUGAUAAAACCUGUGGAAACUACGCCUGUCGCUGUUCAAACUGUCAGACCAGCUCAAACAGUGACAGAGAUUCAAAGUACUGUAUAUCGUAUACACAGUACUGCGCAACCUAAUGCAGCGGCUAACACAAGAAAAGGCCUGUCUCUUACGCGAGAACAAAUGUUGGAAGCGCAAGAAAUGUUUAGAACUGCAAAUAAAGUAACACGUCCAGAGAAAGCUCUAAUCUUAGGUUUUAUGGCUGGCUCUAGAGAUAAUCCUUGUCCAAAAUUGGGCAACAUAGUCACAGUGAUGCUAUCGGAGAAUAUAGAGGAAGUAACACAAUCAGACGGAACAACUGUUCCAAUGUUAGUGGAAACGCACUUCCAAAUGAACUACACGAAUGGCGAAUGGAAGAGGAUAAAGAAGAAUCGACGUAUCGUGACGGAAGAAUCUACAUCAACAUCUACUCCUGGGCCAAAUGCUACCGCAACGGCUUCCAAUUGAAAAUACUUGUUCAGAUCGAUAAUAUAAUAGGAUAGAAUCUAUAAAAUAUCAUAAUAUUUUGUGAUUAUGAAAUGACGCACAUUGUGAUCAUUCGUCUUCUUAGUAAAUUGCUAAAGAGUUGCAUUGGAUUAAGAACUGAUUCACGUUUUAUAAGAUUUAACAAAAAUUGUUACUUAACGCAA